AUGUAUUUUCGACGCACAUGUCUCCCCGUAUCUCUUACUGGAAUCCUCUCUUCACCAGUUAAGAUACACUCAAGUGAGAAAUCUACAGAGAGAAGCUGCCAACACUGCUCAUCCUCUGUUUAUCAAGAAUGUGUCUCCAUCUCAAACCGCAGGGACUAUACUGCCAUUCGCCGUUAUUCUCACUUAAUGAAAACACUUCUUCCCACAAUGCAGUACAGUUCUCUGUAUUUAUCGACCACUUUAACUGCUCGACGCUUCGCUGCCGGUGUUGGUCGUCGUCCCACUUAUACAGAAAUAUCAGACGCCUGCAGUACAUUAGGAGUUGAAGUGGAUUGUGAUGCCAAACAACUUAAAAAAAUAUAUCGUGAUCUUGUUAAACAAAAUCAUCCAGAUGCUGGUGGGGAUGAGGCUACUAUGAGUCGUAUUACUGUAGCCUAUGAAAGACUGAGCGGGUUAUCCCAAUUAGAAAAAGAACAGUUUAAAGUACAGAGAGAUGCCUAUCGUGGGGGAAGUUAUUACGGUACGGCGGCGGCUGGUAGUAGUAGUAGUAGUAGUAGUAGUAGUGGGAGUGGUGCAUAUAGUAAUCGUUACUACCGUACGAGUACAGGAAAUCCCAUGUAUGCACAUAGAAGUUCAGGUAGCACACAUAGUUUUUACGAUACUGCAAACGGUGAUUACUUUCGUCAAGGGGCUGCCAAUCCUCAUGGUUAUUACACGUAUCAACAACGAAAUCAAAGUUAUUCCAAUAAUCCUUUUUCAUCAUCCCAUCCAUUUUCUUUUAAUGCACAAAUUCAACGUGCUUGGAGUAUGUCUAUGGGAUCUAUUCUAUUACGUGGUUUUGUUAUUUAUCUUGGAAUAUCUAUGAUCUUGCUAUUACUAUACCGAAGAUAUCGUGAUUGGGUGCAUGAUGAUGGAUGGAAAAUGUCUGAAAGUCUUGCACGGCAUGAACAGUUAUCAGAAAUGCAUCGUAUUCGACAAGAAUUGAAUGAACGUAUACGUGCGGCCCGUGAAGCCGCUGCUGCUCACAACAACACCAUGCCCGCAAUUGUUAGUAAUGGUGAUAUGAGUACAGAUUAUAAUACCAUUAUGAACUCAAAGGAGAGAGAAUUACGGGCAUUGGAGUACGCCCGUCGGCGGCAGAUGUCCAUGAGUGAAGAAGUGCGGGGAUGGCCACAGUUUGGAGAAGACAAGGGGAAAUUAAUUCGCCGGGCACAGGAUCCACCAGGCAUUGUCUUCUUUGAACCACGCAAAGAGAAUCAUCUUCAACGACAAUUGAUGAACUUGCAGAGAGGACGAGAGUGGAGUGAACGAAAUCAACACGCGGCGGAGGUGAAGGGAAAAAGUUCAUUGACGAAAGAAGGAACCAUCGCAGUUCCCAUAACGGAUGGGGAUCUUGGGACUACUACAAAUACUAAUACUAAUACUAAUAGUGAUGGUAAUAGUAAU